ACUGAAAAGCCCACAAUGAUACAAGUCAAUUGCAUGCAUAUAUAUACCCAAUCGUAGAUCUACGAUCAAUUCUACAAAUUUUCUCGUUGUUUUGGAGGGAUUUGAUUUGGUAGAAGAAUUCUCUGCAAAUUUCGAUUCGACGAAGCUCUUUUUUCUUUUGGGUCAAUUGGAUUGUGAAGGCUUAAGGUUCAGAGACACUUGUUUGCAAAGAAUAAGAAGUUGCAAAUUACUGAUAUGGCAUCUAGGCGGCAAGUUCGUUACAAUCGUCUUGCUACUGAUGACGAUAAUGACUACAAUACUGGUGGACAUGACCCCCGAUUUGACUAUACGCCAAAGUCCUUUGAUAAAGUCCCUUGGAAAUCUAUUGCCCUUGCACUUUUCCUGCUAGCUCUUGGAUGCAUGCUUCUUUUUCUGUCCUACUUCGUCUUCACAGGUCACAUGGGAGGAGAACGAUCCCAAGCUUAUGGCCUAUUAGGUCUUGGAAUUCUUACAUUCCUCCCAGGAUUUUAUGAAUCUCGAUUAGCAUACUAUUCAUGGAGAGGUGCCGAUGGCUACCGCUUUGCUUCCAUCCCUGAUUAUUGAGAGAGACACAUUAAUAACAGACAUGCAUUGAUGCACGUGUUCUACUUUUGUUGGACUUUGUGUGAUUUUGAAACUUUUUUUUGUUUAGGUACAAAUUCUGGAACUUAUUGUAUAGAGAGAACUUGCCUCAGUAUUUUGUUUGGUCAUUUUAGAUUUGAACUGACUUUUAGUAGAAUUCGUGUGUUCAAUCAGAGAUGUGGGGAGUAUAUGAUAUUUUGAGAAGAUGGCUUCGCACCCAGACAGGCUUGUUUCAAUUUCAUUUAUGUCAGGCUGGGCAUGUUCUUUUUAGUCCUGCUGUUGCCAAUGCAAAACACUAAACUCGGCUACACACCGAUUCACCAACUGGGUGAUCUUGGUUAACAAUUUUACUGAUUUUUAUAAAUUUAUUGUUGAUGUUGUUGAUGCGAUAUUA